AUGAGUAGCAAAGUGGAUAUUUCCGACGCCGUGCGUCCUAACAACCUGGAUGGAGUCCCGGACCUGAUUGAGAGCAUCACGGCCAUGGCCAAGGACCUGAAGCCUGAUGACAGCGAGACGCGCCAUCGGCUGUUCAUCAAGGCGCGCGAUCUCGCUCUCUCUCUCCAGACUCCCCGAGAGACUAUGCUGGAGCACCAAAUGGCCGAUCCCGGUCUCAUUGCGGCCAUCAACGUUGGCGUCGACAUAGGCCUCUGGAAGUACAUGGUGAGGAACGGUCCUGACAAGCCCCAGAAGGUUUCGACCCUCGCCAAUGUUGUCAAAGUUGACCCAGUUCUUCUGGGCCGUCUGAUGCGGCACGUCUGCGCUAUGGGUCACCUCAUCGAGACCGACGAGGAUGAGUACAGACUUACUCCCUUUUCCAAGGCACUGAGUUUGGAUAUCAUCGGUGACGGCUACCUCUCACUGAUCGGUGGAAUGGGUCGCAGUCCGAUAGAAUUCUACAAGUUCCUCCGUAACACCAACUGGAAGAACCCGACAGACUCUGCUCACACGGCUAUGCAUGCGUCCUACAACACCGACCUUGCUAACUGCUUCGAAUAUCUUCGAUCGGUUGGACUAGGCCCUCAGAUCAACAACCACAUGGGUGGGAAAAGGCAAGGGCGAGUGCCGUGGAUGCACCCCAGUAUUUACCCCGUCGAGAAGACACUGUUUGAAGGCAUGGAUACUGCGGCCGACGCACCUUUGGUGGUGGACGUUGGUGGAGGCCUGGGACACGACCUUAACGAUUUCAAGAAGUUCUAUCCCAACCACCCUGGUAAACUCAUCCUCCAAGAUCUCGAAGUUGUCCUUGAUGAUGUCAAGGACAUUGACCCUUCCAUCCAGGUGAUGCCUCACGACUUCCUGACGGAGCAGCCCGUAAAAGGGGCAAGGGCAUACUUUAUGCAGUGCAUCAUGCACGACUGGCCCGACGACGUCUGCGUCAAGAUCCUGGGACAGCUGGCCAAGGCCAUGAAACCCGGGUACAGCAAGAUUCUCAUCUUUGAAGUCGUUCUUCCUCGGAGAAACGCCUACUGGGAGGCCACAAGCUACGACAUCCUCAUGAUGACCCAGUUCUCAGCUCUCGAGCGCACCGAGGACAAUUGGUACAAGCUCAUUGAGGGAAGCGGACUGGGUCUGAAGAUUACCAAGCUGUGGAGCUCUGGACUGUCGGACGUCGAGAAUUUGAUAGAAGUUGAACUGGUUUAG